CCCACUAUCGUAGCGCUGUCGACUGGUCAGACUGUGUACUGUGGCUCCUGUCGCCAAAUGACUCCGCACUUCGCGUCAGCAGGCUACAAUUGUCCGCAGUACAUGAACCCGGCCGAGUACUUCAUCAGUCUAGUGAAUACAGACUUCGACGACCACGCAGACGUCCCGCAGAUGGUGCAGUCGUACACCCAGAGUGAGAUCCGCAAGGAACUGAUCAACCGCAUCAAGAGCGACCGCAAGACGCCGCAGCAUUAG